AUGAGCUUCACGUCCAAGGGCACUGCCGAGAUUCUAGCCGCCGGAGAGCAAGAUAAGAUGUUUGUAAUCGACAUAAAUAAGGGCGAGAUAACUAAACAAUUACCUACCGAGUACAAAUAUACAAUCAUGAGAAGAAGUCGGUAUAUAUGCGCCGCAACCUCUACUGGCGCUGUCCACAUAAUCGACCCCGUUAGCUUUCAGGUCAUCAAAAUAUGGAACGCGCAUACGGCCGCAAUUAAUGACAUGGAUGCCCAACACGAUUUCAUCGUUACCUGUGGAUAUUCUAUGAGACACGGGGGUAAUUACAUGCCCGAUCCGUUCGUCAAUGUGUUCGAUCUAAAGAACAUGAUAUCUAUGUCCCCUAUCCCAUUCCCAGCCGGUGCAGCUUAUGUGAGAAUGCAUCCUCGAAUGUCGACAACCAGUAUUGUUAUGUCACAGAUCGGACAGAUGCACGUGGUUGAUCUAAUGAACCCCAACACUAGCAAUGUGCGUCAAGCAAACAACCUCAGUUACUUCUCAAUGAUAGAAAUCGCGUCUUCGGGGGAAGCAAUUGCUCUUGCAGAUGCUGACUGUUAUAUCCACCUCUGGGGCUCACCGAGCAAGAUUCAUUUCGCUGAAUUUCCCACUCCGAUAGAGACGGCAGACUCCGGGACGGGGCCCCGAAUCGAGUUUGAUUCUCCUGAUGCGCCGUUGAGCGCUGUCGAAAUUGGUGCCCCUCCUGUUAAGAUUGACGCACAAUUCUUGGCAACGCUCCAAGAGAGAGACUGGGGUUACUUUGGCAAGAAUACUCGACCUCUGCGGAGAAAUCAAAUCGAGGAUACCCGAAACACCGAAAAUGCCCAAAGCUCUCUAAAACCACCAAAGUUCCUAAGCGAGAAGGCCAGAGAAGCGGCAAAGUCUCCGGCCGGGACACCAGCUCCGGAAGAAGUUAUACCAGAAAUUCCGCAGAUUUUACAAGACAACAAGCUCGAAAGCCUAAAGAUCGAGGUCCCCGAGUUGUAUCAGAAUAUUGAAAUAAAAUAUAGUAAAUUCGGAAUCGACGAUUUCGAUUUUGGUUAUUUUAACAAAACCCAGUACUCGGGUUUACAGAAUCAUAUUGUUAACGCCUAUGCCAACCCAUUGCUGCAGGUGAUGCAUUAUACCCCAUUGAUCCGAAAUAUUGCUCUUCAUCACGCAGCGACGGCCUGUGUAGAUGAGCUGUGUCUCCUCUGCGAGUUGGGAUUUCUCUUUGAUAUGCUCUACAAAGCAGAGGGAGAGGCUUGCCAGGCAUCUAACUUCACCAAAACCCUUAGUUAUCAUCCUGAAGCGGGCAAGCUGGGUCUACUCGAGGAGGAACCUCAUGCAUCGCGGACCGUUAUGCUCCAGCACCUAGCUCGAUAUCUUCUAAGACAAAUGACUCAGAACUAUAACCUAAUGAUACAAAAUCCCCAUUCUCAUAGUACAGAGUCACCGCGUCCUGGAGCACUCGAAGAACACCGGAGACUCUGGGCUACGCCUGGAUGGUUGCCAGAAGAGAUUGGCGUCAUAGUAGAUAACGGCCAAUUCUUCUGUUUCGAGGGUGAAGACUUGAAAUUGCAUUUGCAGCGGGGGAUCCAUAAUAUUUCGGUAUAUUCUUUGACUGGCCUUGCCGUCAAUAUCGAGGGUGGUCAGCAGCAGAGAUCGCACCUCGUAGCCAUGGCAAAUAUCGCACAUUCUGCGCCGACGGCCCCCGGCCAAAGUCAGUGGUACCUUUUUAACGACUUUCAUGUCAAGCCUAUCCCUCCUCAAGAGGCACUUACAUUCAAUACAUCAUGGAAGACACCUUCUGUCAUUACGUAUCAAACCAAAUCCGCCAACAAUCAACUUGAUUCCAGUUGGAAGCAGAAUCUGGAUUCUAGGCUAUUAUAUCUAGAUCUCCAAGCUGAUCGAGCUGAUAAGACUUAUCGAACUUUGGAUCGGCAAACUGAGCCGGCUGGACCAGAUACGAUUGUUGCAAUCGAUACAGAAUUUGUCAAGAUUUCACAACCGGAAGUUGAGAUGCAUUCAGAUGGCGACUCGAAGAUAAUCCGGCCAACGGUGCACGCCUUAGCCAGGAACUCCAUCGUCCGAGGCAGUGGCAUGGACGAAGGAGUGCCGUUCAUUGAUGAUUAUAUCACUAUCAAGGAGAAGGUCGUCGACUAUCUAACCUCGUACUCCGGGAUUACCCCCGAAGACUUAGAUAUAACGACGGCGCAGCAGAGAGGACAUAACCUUGUUCCGUUGAAGAUUGCGUACAAGAAAAUUUGGAUUCUCUUGAACCUCGGGUGUAAAUUUCUGGGCCACGGGUUGAAGCAGGACUUUCGAGUAAUCAACAUUCACGUACCGAAAGCGCAAGUCAUUGACACGAGCGAUCUAUUUUUUAUCAAGGAGCGCCUUCGGAAACUCAGCUUGCAGUUCCUCGCACAUACCCUCCUCAAAGAAGAUAUUCAGCUGAGCACGCACGAUUCUAUCGAAGAUGCUAGGACCGCCUUAAAGCUAUACCGCAAGUAUCAGGAAUUCAGCGAGGCGGGCGUUCUCGAUACUAUGCUUCAGGAGAUCUACGCGAAAGGGGUCGCCUCUAACUUCAAACCCCCAGCUAAACUAAUUCCAGGUGGCAGCGUCCCCAGGACGGAUACUCCACCUGUGGACGGGACGAUAACGGUCGGGCCAACGACGCCGUCUAGAAAGCCUAGCUCCCUUGUGCCCGGAACACCAGCGUCGACGCCAGGAAGGGGGCUGGGCUCGAGAUAG